AUGCUUGAAAAAUGGAUUCAUGGCGAAAAAUUAGCAAAAGAUGCUCCACGGCAGGGCCUCGGAUGGGCUGUAACAGCGUUUUUUAUUGUAGCCGACCUGGUUGGAGGUGGUGUUGUAGCCAUGCCGGUAGCCUUCAUUAAAACAGGUUUUGAAGUAGGCAUAAUAUUGAUGAUUAUAAUCUUAAUAUUCUUAUCAUACACUGGUCAAUUACUUGGCGAAAACUGGGUUAUUAUGCGUGAAAGAUGGUCUGUCUACCAAGACCACUGCAGAAAACCGUAUCCCGAAAUGGCAUAUCGUAGCAUGGGAAAAAAAAUGAGAAUAGCAACAACAUUAUGUGUUCAUACGAACAAUUUUGGAACCACUGUUGUAUAUGUGUUGUUAGCAGCAAGAAUUCUCCACAAUUUUGUCGCUUAUUUUGGUGUGAACAUACACUUUUGUUAUAUGAUUCUGAUCUUAGGCACUGUUAUCUUGCCUGUAACAUUUCUGAAAUCUCCAGCUGACUUCUGGGGACUUGUAGUGAUUGCGAUGGUUUGUACUAUCGGUGCUGUAAUUUUGGUUAUUGUUAGCAUCGGUAUUGAUGCCGAAGAGUGCAUAAAAGAAGUUCAUUAUCCAAAAUUCGAUUUUUUACAAGCUUUUUUGAGUCUUGGAACGUUUGUUUUUGCCUUCAGUGGUCAUGUUGUAUUCCCAACAAUUCAGCAUGACAUGCGAGAUCCUCGGGACUUUAAUAAAUCUGCCAUUUUAGGAUUUAUAAUGGUCUCUUUACUGUAUGUCCCGUUAUCAAUAUUUGCGUUUAUAACAUAUGGUGACAGCAUGAAAGAUUCAGUUAUUGACUCGUUACAAACUACUUGGAUUCGAUAUACUGCUGAUUUAGCUAUUGGGCUUCACUGUGUUUUGACCCUAAUCAUCACGAUCAACCCAAUAAAUCAAGAAUUAGAAGAUUUUUUCAAAGCUCCACAUAGGUUCUGUAUACAACGAGUCCUCAUUCGAAGCGGUGUUUUUCUGGCAGUCUUAGGGGUAUCAUUGACUAUACCAAAUUUUGCGCCAGUAAUGGACAUUUUUGGUAGCGCUGUGAUACCACCAUGUUGUGUCUUUUUACCUAUUGUAUUCAACAUGUGGUUCAAAGCUGCCGAGUAUGACGAAAUUGAGAGGGAUUAUAGACGACCAACAGUGAUGCAGGUUAUUGAACGAACGCCAAGAGUAAAGCUUCUUUGGAAUUUUUUAAUUAUGGCGGUGGCGUUAGUUGGAUCACUGGUCAGCUUUUAUAUGGCAGUAGAAGACUUUGCGACAGUCACUUUUACGUACCCCUGUUAUGUACAACCGUUUUGCAACACCACCACUGAAACUUUAGGCGGUCAACUGGUUAAUUGCUGCGGCAAAAAUCGUAACGUUAGUGUUCACGGAGACCCAAUGGUUUGUCGAAUUUAG